AUGUCGCCAUUCAUUAGGUUUAAUUGUUCGCAUGAUGAAGUGGACGCAGUCGAUGAUUUACUAUCAAACAUGGCUGUUAUGAACAUUAACAGUUCUACUAUAGUAUAUACCUACGAUGCGCAUUCGUGUGAUCCGGGCCACAUUAACAUGUGGCCCCAAAUGACUCCAGUGAGCACCGUAGUAAGUGUAAACAUCAUGUAG